AAAAAAACCAGCUCCCAGAGCGUCUUCCGGCGGGAGCUGUGCCGCUCCUUAUCAUGGGGACAAUUCAUCUCUUUCGAAAACCACAAAGAUCUUUUUUUGGCAAGUUAUUACAGGAAUUUGGACUUGUAGCAUCUGACCGAAGGUCCUGGAAGAUACUGCUCUUCGGUGCAAUAAACUUAACAUGUACUGGCUUCCUGCUUAUGUGGUGCAGUUCCACUAACAGUAUAGCUUUAACUGCGUAUACUUACCUGACCAUUUUUGAUCUAUUUAGUUUGAUGACAUGUUUAAUAAGUUACUGGGUAAUGAUGAGGAAACCUAGCCCUGCCUAUUCAUUUGGAUUUGAAAGAUUAGAAGUCCUGGCUGUAUUUGCCUCCACAGUCUUGGCACAGUUGGGAGCUCUCUUUAUAUUAAAAGAAAGUGUAGAACGCUUUUUGGAGCAGCCCGAGAUUCACACGGGAAGAUUAUUAGUUGGUACUUUUGUGGCUCUUUCUUUCAACCUAUUCACGAUGCUUUCUAUUCGGAAUAAACCUUUUGCUUAUGUCUCUGAAGCUGCUAGUACGAGUUGGCUUCAAGAGCAUGUUGCAGAUCUUAGUCGCAGCGUGUGUGGAAUUAUUCCAGGACUUAGCAGUAUCUUCCUUCCCCGAAUGAAUCCAUUUGUUUUGAUUGAUCUUGCUGGAGCAUUUGCUCUUUGUAUUACAUAUAUGCUCAUUGAAAUUAAUAAUUACUUUGCUGUAGAUACUGCCUCUGCCAUAGCAAUUGCUCUGAUGACGUUUGGCACUAUGUAUCCCAUGAGCGUGUACAGUGGGAAAGUAUUGCUCCAGACAACACCACCCCAUGUUAUUGGUCAGUUGGACAAACUUAUCAGAGAGGUAUCUACCUUGGAUGGAGUUUUGGAAGUACGAAAUGAGCAUUUUUGGACCCUAGGUUUUGGCUCAUUGGCUGGAUCAGUGCAUGUAAGAAUCCGACGAGAUGCAAAUGAACAAAUGGUUCUUGCUCAUGUGACCAACAGGCUGUACACUCUAGUGUCUACUCUGACUGUUCAAAUUUUCAAGGAUGACUGGAUGAGGCCUGUCUUACCAUCUGGGCCUGUUGCAGCUAAUGUCCUAAAUUUUUCAGAUCAUCACAUAAUCCCAAUGCCUCCUUUAAAGGGCAUUGAUGAGUCGAACCCUGUCACAUCAACUCCAACUAAACCCAGUAGUCCACCUCCAGAAUUUUCGUUUAACACCCCUGGAAAAAAUAUGAAUCCGGUUAUUCUUCUAAACACACAAACAAGACCUUACGGUUUGGGUCUCAAUCAUGGACACAUACCUUAUAGCAACAUGGUUAAUCAAGGACUUGGAGUUCCAAGAAUUGGAGCAACCCAAGGAUUCAGGACUGGUUUUACAAAUAUACCAAGUAGGUAUGGAACUAACAAUAGAGUUGGACAACCAAGACCAUGACAUACUGUGAUUUAAUUUAUUUUAUGAGGAAUAUUAACUCCUUGACUUCCAAUUUAUUUAGUAAUCCAAGUUUGCAAUGACUGUUCAAUCAUUUGUUGUAAAUGUUAGAGAAUAGUAGGCUAGUUCACAUUAUAUGAAACCAAUGAAACUAUAUUUUUGUAAAAUGUAUUUAGAAUAGUGAGAACCUUCUAGAUGUUGUAGGCUUUAAAUAGGCUUCCUUUAGAAAGUGUAUUUCUUUAAAUUUGAAUUUUGCUAUCUUUGGCUUUGUAGUUGACCACAGUGUGAUACGGGAUUACCUUUACAAGAAAACCAUUUGAUGGAGUGGAUCUGGCACAUUAUAUUUUCUUCAGUGAAAUUUAUAAACCUUCUUGAGUAAUGAUACUCAUUUUAGGAAAGGAGAAGGUCUGUCCUAAAAGUAAAAGUCUCUUUCCAUAGCUUCUCCAAACUUAACUGCUACUUUUUUCUUUGAGAUCCUCCUGAAUUAUGUUUUGCAAACUAAAAGCAAAAAUUUUUAUCAGAAAAAAUUUUAGAAUAUAUUCUACUACCUAGUUUUUGUCAUUUAAAAAUUUCAAUACAUUUGUAAAUAGUCCAUGGUUCUCAAAGUGUUUUAUUCUGGUUAAUGAGUUCCAAGUCCUUUGGUGGUGUGCAAUAAAGGAAUCCCAGUUUUCUGUCUUAUACACAAUCAGAUAUGUAAUGAUGAAAUUUAUCUUCUUUGUCACUUUUUCUUUGGUUGGCUUUUUAAUUUCCUCUUUUAUUAACAAAACGUAUCAAAUAUGUUACCAAAAUAAUAUGGAAUUCCAUGUAUGGUAUAAUAUGUGAUUUGAUAUCUUUUCAAAGUUGCAUAAUCAAUUUGAGAUUAUAUUACAUAAUUUUACCAAAAGAUUAUGGACCUUAUAUUAUAGAAUACAGUAUUUUCAGAUCUGCUUACAGGCAGUUUCUAACUUACUUUGUUUUGCUUUGUCAAACACAGUGAAUUAUUAACAUGAUGAAGUGUGAGAAUUAUAUAGAUUAUUUUUUAAUUAUUUUCCAAGUGCAAAUGUUAAGGACUUUCCAGUUUGGCCAGCAUUACUUAUAAGUAGCAGUCACAAAUUACCUAUGAGAUUUUUUCCAUUAUAUUAUGAGUUUUAUGGUUAGGGUUUUAAAAAGGAAUUUUAAGAAUGGAUUCAAUUUUUCUGGAGUCCAGUGACUGCUGGAGAUUCAUGACUUUUCCAGCCAUCACCCAGCUAUCUAGAGAAGAUUUCUGUUUCUGUAGAAUUUGCAACAGUUUCUUCAAUCAAUUCAUCCUCUUUUAAAUACGAGCAACAAUUCUAAAUCCUAUUUCUUCACUGUGGAAUUACAAACAUCUAAGAAGCCAUCUCUAUCAAGCAGAACUGUAGUUACCCUGUGACAAUAAAUGGCCAUGUCCCAAAUACCUUUUGUCUGGUGAGGAGUUGGUCAUUGUCUUGACAUCUGCAACCCUGUUAACUCAUUUGACCUACUGAAGAAUUAGAGGCCACGCUACCUUGACUGCUGGAGAAAAUGAAACUGUAAACUGUAAUAAGUCAACCUGUUUCUUGUCCUUCGUCUUAUGUUCUCCAACUGGUACUAUGCCUGUUAUUGGUCUACUAUCACAGGGUGAUUAUUCCCCCAUUGACCUCAUCUAAAUGUGAAUUCGGGUCAUGCAUGAAAUCUGAAGAACUGUCAUGUACUCAGUGAUGAUUCAGAGGUAUGUGCUGCCACCCUAUGCACAUCUCCAUCCCUAUGGGAUUUUCAGUGUCCAGGUGCUGAGCACAGUUCUGUGUGAGGUUAAAUGCCUACUUCCUCAACACCCAUUCAGAAGCAACACCUGUGCAGUUGUCCCACCAAAGGUGCUUUCAUGCCCACCUACACUGUUUGAAGUUGCCUGUGGGUUCUGAAGGAUUUGGCUCUACUUGCUGAAAUUCAGUAAUGCCAGCUGCCAUGGGUGACUUUUGUCCAUGCUUUAUUAUAUAAACAAGUCUCAUUUGCCAAGCUCUGGCCAGCUUUUGGAUAUGAAAAUAAGAAACUUGGCCAGCAUAGGCCUUUAGACAGUAGCCUUACUAAAUCUUGCCAUGGAGUUACUUGAAGCUAGACACAAAAAAGAGGAAGUUCAAAUUAAAUACUUGGCCCAUGGUUUGUGAUUAAGAGCAAGCUUCAUGGAGUGUGAUUAACCCUGUUUAAGAAAUCGCUGUUUGUGAUGGAAAAAACAUUGGACUGAAAGACAAGAAUUGGAUUCCAAUCCUGAUACUGCCACUGUGUAAGUAGUUUUGUAACCAUGGGCAAGGCAAUUUAACUUCCCUGAGCUUUUUCAUCUGUAAAGUUAGGGUGGGGAAUGAAUUAGUGGAUCUGUAAACUAUCAGCUCUAAAAUUUUAUGACUAAAUUUAUAGAAUAUAUGCCCACUUGCUAAACAAAAUAUUGUGCCCAGAAUUUCUUUCCAGUGACUACCUCAAUGUACAGGCCAAGUGUUACCUACACCGACACCCAAGCCAUUAAUUUGAGGUGCCAUGAGAUUAGAAGGUGACUGCAGGCUAACACCAAUUAGGAUUUUGUUUAUUUCAGACUUGCCUUGAAUAAAUCUUUAAAUCUGUUUAAACAGAUUUUUCUUAGUCGUCUUUCUUUGUGGGAAAAGAUUAUUUUUGCGGGGUGUUGGAGAAAAGAUUAGGACAGAGUACCCUUAGCUUCCAUAGGGUAUGAAAGAAUGGGGUGCAUUUUUAUUUCUUCCUUCAUCUCUGAAGUCACAGUUGUAAUUACAUGUAUCAGCAACUGGGGAGGACCUGAAUUUCAAGCCUGUCAUUUAGCUGCUUGUAAACUGCCAAUUUUUUUGCUUGACUAAAGAAUCCCAAUCUUUUGGGGGAAUCUGACUGCUUAUAUAAGAAAAUGCUUUUCACAUUCCAAAUUGUUUGAAUUAAACUUUUUAAUAAAGAACAGAAAUGGAGUUUUCUGUGGUUUUAAGUAA